AUGAAAUACCACACCCAGCGCUAUCGACUAAGUCAACCCAGUCCCGACCGCAAUGGGGCUGAGAGGCAGCCGGAGCCUCGGUGGCCGUCUGCGUGUCCGCCUCCAGCCUGCAACCGCUGCCGCCAGUACAAGAAGAAAUGUAGCAAAACCCUACCUUCCUGCAGAUCGUGUACGGACGCUGGACGGAAAUGCUCGUAUUUCACGUCAGAUCGAAUAGCUGCGUCGUCACCAGAGGUUCUUCAUGCGCGAAUACAAUGGCUCACGCAAUACAUUGAAGACAACAUACCUGGAGCGGCCGAGGAACGGAACAUGACUUCAAUAUCUCAGGAAGGGUCACAAGUUGGUGACAAGGGUGAAGGGGGAAUGAACUCCCCAGGAAACCUGGUGCGUGCUCAAUCUAAUGGCCAAGUUCAGAAGGCAAGCCCGCCCCUUGACAAUGCGCACGACAAUACAGAACAGAAAAAGGGGACUUCGGUGACGCGUUGGGAGGGGACAGACAGCCAAAGACCACGGUCGCUGGCAUGUCUUGAUGCUUACUUUCACCACGUUCAUCGGGCAUAUCCUUUCGUCGAUAAAGCGCGAAUUAUGCAAGUGCAGAGUGCGAAUGCGAAUGUGAUGUUGAUAGAGAAUAAUGCUGACUCAAUGAUACUCUACCUCAUCCACGCUAUUGGGCGGACGACUCUUGAGCGAUCAGGAAAGAUUAGUCCACUGACUGGGAAAGAGGUUAAACUACCGUAUUCAGUCAUUCUUCAAUAUUGCAUAGAGAAUGAGGGCAUGGAUUCAGUUCAAAUUCUUCUAUUACUGACGUUGUAUUCACUUUUUGAUCCCGACGGCCCUUCUCCGUGGAUGGUUGUUGGAAUCCUGACGCGGCAAGCCAUGGCACAGGGUCUGACUUCACAGCGCACAACGUGCGCAGACCAUGCGUUGCCAUCAGAGGAGCAGUCACAUCGACUGUUUUGGAGCGUUUAUGUAUUGGAUCGCAUGGUCGCGUCCUCCGUUGGACAGCCUCCCGGGCUGUUUGUGCCGGACAUUCAUGUCCCACUGCCAGCCGUGACGGUUACUGAGUUUGCCUCGGCGCAGCGAGCAGAGAUUUCGAGUAUGUUGCUGGUAACGCGCCAUGUCAUCCAGCUACGUCGUCUCGAGAGCAAUAUUAUGGAUGCGAUCUUUCUACGUCCUCGGGCAGAUGUGCGGUCCUUGUCUCCUUCCGAUCGCACCGCUAUUGUUAGCGAUCUACAUUACGCAGUGGAUAACUGGUACAGUGAUGGAUGCCUCAUUUCUCGUCCAGAACCAAGUAAUGUUAGGAUCCAUGACACCAUGGCGUGGCUUAACGCACGUUACUAUCAACUACUGAUGCUGAUCUAUUAUCCGACACCAUUCAAUCAACCACCACGUCCAGGGUCUCAUGAGCACCUCUUGAAUGUCGUUCAGAAGUAUAUUCAUUACAGCCAUAUAUUGCUGGAACUGGGGCAACUGCCGCUUAACUACAUAACGUUAACCCGAUGCGUCCCUGCAUGCCUUGUCCUUCUAUACUGCUUUGGUCAUGCAGCGAGCACAGUGUUUUCAGCCAAGCAAGAGAUACAAAGCUGUAUAGCGAUUCUUCAGAGCUUCUCCAGCGGCUGGAAUCAUGCCAUGGCCUUGGCCCGAAUUAUGACAGACUUUUCUUCCGUGGUCUCUAUAUACGAAAACCGAUCUGCCAGCUGUCUUGUGACUUUACAAGCACCAACCGUUUUGCAACAUACCGAACAACGAUCACUUUACCCACGCGUGGUUUCACUUAGAGAAGAGCUAAUUGAGGUAGGUGGACGCAUCAUGGGAAAGGCCAAUUGCUAUCAAUGCAUAGAAGGCUGGGAUGCGCAGGCAAUCAGCUCGGGCUCUUCGGACGGCUCAUCCUCAACCGAUGCUACCGUGACGAGGGACAUUGCAGCUUUGUCUUCACCACUGCCUAGGGAAAUAGGAUGGGACUUCUUAUAA